CCCCGGCCUGCCCCGUUCUUCAAAAGCCCUAUCUUUGAGGGCGACAUGCAAAGUCUGAUGUACAAUGCGCCUGCGCUGGCCUGCCAGCUGGCAGUGGAAACCUGGAGCUCGAUCAAUUGGCAAAUCCCCGGCAAAUCGCAGCAGGACUCAGGAGUGCAUCUGCGCCGUUGCCCUGUUGAAGCGGCUUCCUCUUUGAAUCGUGUAGCUCAUUGGGAGGCAGGAGACUGUCUUUCUCUCUUUGACUCUUGCGUAUUUUACCAAGCUCUAGAAAGAUGGCUUCGCAAGGCAACGAGCUCAAGGCCUUCAAGGUGCUUCCGAUUGUUAUUGACUUCCAGCCUAGCGUGCAGCUGAAAGUGACGUACGGAUCAUCGGAGGUCGUCAAUGGAGUGGCGCUGAGGCCGGAAGGGACACAGGAGCCGCCAAAGGUUAUCAUCUCCGGCCAUGUUGAGAAGGAUGCAAAGUACACACUGGUGGUGACAGACCCUGACGCCCCCAGCCCAGACGACCCCAAGUUUGCAGAGUUCCUGCAUUGGAUAGUUGCCAACAUCCCAGGGUCAGAGGCGGCGGAGGAGAAGGACAUCUCGCAUGCUGGCGAGGAGCUCAUGCCGUACACGGGCCCCGCGCCGCCCAUGGGCGUUCACCGCUACAUCUUCAUCCUCUUCAAGCAGUCUCAAGACCUGUCCAAGGAGGCGGCCCCUGAGGAUCGUAAGCUGUUUAAGGUCCGCCAGUGGGCCGAGGAGCACGGCCUGACGCCCGUCGGCAUCGUCUUCUUCACCGCAGAGAAGGGCGGGAACAGGAAUUAAGAGCGUACAGUUCGGCGUUUCGAAGUUUUGGUAUACUCUGUGUACAAUGAUAAGCGCGCAGGCCCCUGUAAACAAGUAGAGUCACAAGCGAAGUCGAGGAAGAGCGGAAGGUGGAAUCAAAAAGGAUCGUCAAAGUGAGCCCCCUUAAAAAUGCGACAAUUUUGCUUGCCAGUACUGUAGACCCUUCCGUCAAUGUCGUUGUAACUUAAGUUUAAGCUCCCAAGAUAUCAUGUGCGUGCAAUGCCAAGUCUUUCAACAAGCUUGAGGGCCGCCGUACACAGCACGCGAGCUUGAUAGAUCUGACCAGCCUACUUGCGAAU